AUGGUUACUGAUACUGGCGAUCAGGAGUUAAUAUCUGAGGACGAGAAAGCGCUCUAUGAUCGGCAGAUACGUUUAUGGGGAUUGGAAGCACAAAACAGAAUUCGUAAUUCGAAGGUGUUGCUUGCUGGUCUGACUGGUUGCGGUGCUGAAAUUGCGAAGAACUUGGUAACGGAAGAUGACAAGUGCUGCCAGUUUUUGAUUUCUGAAGAUUCCAUCGGUCAAAACAGGGCGGAUGCUACAAAAUUACGCUGUCAGGUGUUAAAUCCGAAUGUUGAACUCUCAGUUGACAAAGAGGACUUAGCGACAAAGGAAGAAACGUUUUUCCGCGCCUUUGACCUGGUUAUCCUUGUCGAUCAGAAAUAUUCGCUUGUUGAGAAAGUCAACGAGAUCUGUAGGAAGCUUCGAAUAAGGUUCGAAGCUGCAGGCGUCUUUGGCUGGGUCGGUUACGGUUUCUUCGAUUUCAACGAUUUUGCUUUCUUAACGAAUGUUGUGAAGAGACAUGCCUACCAUAUAGAUGCUGGUUCCGGUAGUCAGCCCAGUGCAAGUGUGCUUGAAAAAAAUGCUCCUCCAGCGGACCAGUCGGGUGACGCUAGAGGUACUUUAGGGCCUGUGAUUGUUGAUGACGAUGAGGAGAGAGUAAAAAAGAAUAUGUCUUUCGCUAGUUGGUCGUCCACUUUGAACGUAGAUUGGUCCCACAAGAAAUUUAUUAGGCUGGCUUCGCGCGUUCUGCCGAAUGUGUAUUUUCCAGUAAGAGCAUUAUUGAGAGUAUAUGAUGGCAAUUCUACAGUGGAUACAAAUAUGGUACUUGAUCUGUGGAGGAAAGAGGUGGAAAAAUGUGGUCGAGAUCCGACAGAACUAGUGGACCAGCAAGAAGCUUCCUAUUUGAUUGGGCCACAGUUCAGUCCCGCUUGCGCAAUCGUUGGUGCUGUAGUUGCACAGGAGGCUAUAAAGGCAUUAUCACAGAAUGCGAUUCCGCUACAAAAUCUUUUCGUAUAUUCCGCCUAUAGCUCAUCUGGUGUUGUGUGCUACUUACCUCCUGAGAUUUAA